AUGCAAAUCUUUGUUAAAACUCUUACUGGAAAAACUAUCACACUUGACGUUGAACCAAGUGAUACUAUCGAAAAUGUAAAAGCAAAAAUUCAAGAUAAAGAAGGCAUUCCACUUGAUCAGCAACGACUUAUCUUUGCUGGCAAACAACUUGAAGAUGGUCGUACAUUGAGCGAUUAUAAUAUUCAGAAAGAAAGUACACUUCAUCUUGUUCUUCGAUUACGUGGUGGUAUGCAAAUAUUUGUGAAAACACUCACUGGUAAAACAAUGACAUUCGAGGUUGAACCAAGUGACACUAUCGAAAAGCUUAAAGUUAAAAUCCAAGAUAAAGAAGAUAUUUCACCUGAUGCACAAAGACUCAUAUUUAUCGGAACACGACUUGAAAAUCACCAAACAUUACGUGAUUAUAACAUUCAAGAGGAAAGCACACUUUAUCUUAUAGCUCAACUUCGAGGUGGUGAUAAUCAAUAA